UAUCCUGAAUCUUUAGACUGGAGAGAUAAAGGCUAUGUAACUCCUGUUAAGGAUGAGUAUGGGUGUGGUUCUUGCUGGGCAUGUGCCGUUGGUUCCCUGGAAGGCCAGUAGUUCCAUAAGACAGGCAAACUUAUUUCACUUUGUGAACAGAAUUUGGUUGACUGCUCUUGGGGUCAGGGCAACUAUGGUUGUAAUGGUGGCUUCAUCGAUAGUGCCUUUGAAUAUGUGAAGAAAAAUGGAGGCAUUGAUACAGAGGAAUCCUAUCCUUAUGUUGGAAAGGAUGGCAAACGUCUGUACCAGCCAGAAACCACCAUUGCUAAUGUCAUUGGAUGUGUGGAUCUCCCAUCAGGGCAGGAAAGCACUCUCACAAAGACCGUGGCGACCGUAGGGCCCAUCUCUGUUGCUAUUGAUGCAACACAUUUUUCCUUCAUGUUCUACGAGUCUGGUGUUUCUUAAGAACCUGAAUGCAAUAGUCAAAAUCCAGAUCAUGGAGUGCUGGCUGUGGGCUAUGGUGCUGAUGAAGAGACUGAAGAGAAAUACAGAAUUGUAAAGAACAGCCAUGGUGAGGAUUGGGGUGAAAGUGGGUACAUUUUUAUGCCCAGGGACCAGAAUAACUACUGUAGAAUAGCAACACAAGCCAGCUAUCCUGAAGUAUGA